GUACACCACGAGCUUCCAGAAUUGAGUUGUGCGUUCGAUUAUUAGAGGGAUCAUAAUAAAUUUUGGUGUGCACGUCAUUCUAAUUUUUUUCAAGAAAAUGAAAUAAAUGGUGCACAGGAAAAGAUAGGGUUAGGAAUAGUAAACAAAUGAGAAGGAAUUGGCCGCAAGAUGGCAGCAGUCACGAAUAUUGAUUUUUGUUUUCAGAGGCCGUACUGGCGACGGCGGUCAGCGAACCGUUGAUUGGACAAUAGUUGCAAUACCCCGGCGGUAAAUGCGAACGCCACAUCGUGUAUAAAAAGGCAGAAAAAAAGCGGUGAGGGGUCAUUACACGAAUGCACACUGCUCCGGUCUGAUCUUCAACUCGUUAUCAGCUCAUCUCAUCAGUAAAACAUCAUGUCUGGAAGAGGAAAGAGUGGAAAGGCCCGAACCAAGGCAAAGACUCGCUCAUCCCGUGCUGGUCUUCAGUUCCCAGUGGGACGUGUUCACCGAUUUCUUCGAAAGGGCAGCUAUGCACAGAGGGUAGGCGCUGGGGCACCCGUCUACAUGGCUGCAGUAUUGGAGUACCUGACUGCCGAAAUCUUGGAACUCGCCGGUAAUGCUGCUCGUGACAACAAGAAGUCUAGGAUCAUCCCUCGUCACCUUCAGCUCGCCGUACGCAACGACGAGGAACUGAACAAACUCUUGGGUGGUGUGACAAUCGCACAAGGUGGUGUACUGCCAAACAUCCAAGCCGUGUUGCUUCCAAAGAAGACCGCUAAAUCAAGCUAGUUUGCCUCGCCCGGCGAACCCCCAUUUUCAACGGCCCUUAUCAGGGCCAC